UUGUGCGACAGAUUGAAACGUUUUUGUUCAAUGCUUUAUCCUCUACCAUGGGAAAUGAUGCGUGCAAGUGCUUGAAGAGUGAUGCUGAGAAAGAAGUGCUGGUAUUUGCUUUGCCUGUCACUGCUGAUGCGAGUGAGGAUGCCGAGAAGGUCAGAUACAUGCGGGUUGUCCUCAGAGUCCAGCGUCACUGGCGAGUGGUGACAGCCAGAAAGCGCUUUGCAAACCAGGCGGCGGUCUCCUACACUGGCUCUACUGCCAACAAACAGACCUUCUUGCUACACUGGCAGGCCAAGUACAUCAUUGCCAAUAACUUGCCGGCCAACGAUUCACACUGGGACUCAGACGAUCCUGGAUGGGUGGGCAAAGCGUCCAUGUCGAAACGUCAUCGUUUUUUGAUUCGAAGAAAUCUUCACUGGCGCUGGUUCAACGCUUUAGUUUUCGGUAUGCUGGAUGAUAACGAGAUGGUCUAUCCGGAGUGCCAUUGCUGCCCUGAUGCCUUGUCCGAAAUCAGGAUGAUGAAGGAAGCAGCAUUGACCUGGGUCAAGGGUGUUCGAGAAGUGGAAGGAUGGUCUGAGAACGUGGGGCUUUUCUUUCACGUCUAUGGGCACAAUAGUCCGGGACCUACAGAGCUUGAUAUGGUUUGUCCAGUCCCUGAUUUCAUGCACAUCAUAUCCCAGCUCUUUUGUAGUGGGUCGACAUCGUGA